ACCGUCCCUCGCCCCCGCCGCCAAUCCGCAUCCACCCCGUCCGCCAACCGAUUUCACCAUGCGUGUCCAAUUCUCUCUCCUCGCCGUCGCCCUCUUUGCCGGCCUCGCUGCCGCCGCACCCGUUGACUCCGCAGACCUCGUCGCGCGCGGCGGCCCUGGUGGUGGCAGAUAUGCGGACUGGAAACGCAGUGGUCCCGGAGGAGGAUCCACCCCGGACUACAAGCGUGCCGAGAUUGUUGAGCGCGGUCGUCCCGGCGGAGGUAACGGCCCAGAGUACAAGCGUGCUGUAAACGAUGCCCGUAGUUGUCCUAAUGGAUCCGCUGGUUGCGGUGAAGGUCCUCUAUAGUUUCGGACUGAGGUUACGAGAGCCGUGUCAGUCCUCCAUUGAGUCGAGGACGAGAGCGUAGCUGUGUUCCACACAUGGCUUCUAUCAGUGCUGGCUCGUUUCGCCUGGGUGCAUACUAGCUUAUACCUUCCAUGGUCCUCCGGCUUACUCUGCGCGCGGACGACUUCAUGUUGUUUGUUGGGACCGUGUCGCGUCCACUCCUUGUUAUUGUUUUUAUUCUGGUCGAAUAACCUACGUUCUGUAUUAUACCUGUACGACUGCCCUCCGCCGAAAACGAAUCCGGAUGAAAUACGGAUUGGCUUCUUACGGUUCC